CUACCAUCCGACCUCGAGCGUCUCCCUGUUGCCUAUCCGUCUGUCCUCGCUAUUCCUGCGAUUCAUCAUACGCCUUCACACUCGCGAGUGUUUUUUCGUCUUUGUUGUUCCUUUGUCCUCGUUCGUCUCGGCUACCAAGUGCCCACAUCUCCAGCAUCAUCCAUCAUCUCCAAACACAUCAAUCGCCCAACCCCGCAAACACGGCGAUAACACCAUGUCGUCGUCGAUAGCGAUCCCUAAGCGCAAGCAGCCCAGCACUGGCGGUGCUGCUUUCGCUUCUGCUUCUGCUUCUUCAUCCUCGUCAUCUCCUUAUCCGAGCUGGGCUAACAAUGCGGCCUCUCCGUCGUUCUCUCCGUCGUCCAUGAGCUCGACGUCGGCAUCUCCGUCUUCGGCCUCGACCCCGUCUUCUAUGGCCCGUUAUACCGAGAGACGACCUUCGCUGCUCGGUGACUCGCUCUCCAAGUCAGAGUACACUGUCGUCAACAUCGGUGGACCCGAGAACCCUCGUCUGAUCACAUGUAUCAAGACGUCUCAAGGCUUCGACUGGAACCAGGACAUCUUCCUCCCUUCCUACCUCGACUACGACUCGUCAGACCUUGAGCACAGACCUGAUCCCGUUCAAGAGAUCAUCCUCACAGACGAGGAGGCCGCAGCCAUGUUCCCCAAAUAGAGGGCAAACUGUCACAACAACCACGAAACUGAGAAACAUGAUGACGAUAAUGGAAUAUGGAGUUAUUGGCACGGUACACACACACAUGCGAGAUACUGGGAUUUUUUGUUUUCUUGUUUUCGUUUCCUACACACAAGGCGUAUUAGUCUCGGAGGGCUUACAUGCAGGCGGUCAGGGCAUAUAUACAAGGCUCAUUGGGGACUGAUUACAGCCUCGGACGCACGGAAGAGGUAAGACGUGUGCAUUCUCUAAGAGGGCGGACUUCUGCAUCACUGGCUAGGCCUAUAUAAUGGUUUGAACUUGAGAAUCCCGUCUUGAUCACUCUACAU